AUGCCCUCCCAAGUUCCGGAUGUUUUUGUUCUUUUGCACUUGUCUUCCACCUGUGAAGAUUUGGCACAUGGUAUCAAUAUAGCCAAAGACCAGAAGGAAGUCAUAGAAAUAAGUUGGAUGUUUGUCACUUCUUACAACGGCAAAGAGAUUAAUGUUAACUCAUUUAAGUCCACAGAUAAAAUCAGCAGCACCACUCCGUCAUCUUCUGGAUCAGUAGUUUCUGGAUCAGAAGGUGAAAAUGGCCAUUUGAAACCCAUGAUUGGAUCCAAUAAUACGGCUUUAAUCCCAUCAACUUCAACAGCUCUUUCACCUUUCACCCUCUUACACUCCAAUAAUCAGAUCAUAAAGCCUAUAAAUACUCCCCUUUCUCCUUACUGUACUCAGCUUACUAACUUAACUUGGCCUCUUCUUCACAAUCAAGGCACUUCCCUUUCACAAGCUCUUGCUGUUCUCGAUAACGAAAUCCAGUCGCAUAUCGUUGAAAAGAAAUUAAGCUUCGGAAUUGUAAUGUGGAGUGGAUGGGACUUGAGAGUUGGAUUGAAUAGGGAAGCUAGAGAUAAAAACGUGAAAAUAGCUAACCAUUUGGUGUAUCUGCGAUGCUGGGAAAUUAAAAGACAAGUGGAAAAGUGGAUUGAGGAAUCUAACGCUGCAGAAGGACUCGGUAGUCUUAAUAUUCUGGAGGAUGGUUACGACGGGUUGCUCAAUACAUGUAAAUUAUUACAAGUUGAUUUGGAAAGGACUAAGAGUGAAUAUGAAUCUACAAUUCUCAAUAUCACAAAUGCUAAUUUGCGCGCUGGCAAUGUCACUGAUAAUAGCUCCACCACUGGUAGUAUCGUUGGUGAACCUUCUACAAGUAUUAGCCCGCAGCCGACUUCAACCAGCAGUUCAGAUUCCCAGAUUCAAGGAUACAAUUAUCCUCCGAAAAGAGGUCUUGAAAGGCUAUUCACCAUGAAAUCUAUCCUAACUUGCAUUUAUUCUAAAUAUCAAUCAAAACUUACAAAUUCGAGUGAAGCUUUCUUAUCACAACCGAUUGACAUCUCUUAUGAUUCCCAAAUCUUUCAUCAUGAAAAAUCACGAGUAUUGUAUCUUGCCAAUUUACCAAGUGAUAUAACACAACCCGAACUAGAAUCCUGGUUUUCAAGGUAUGGAUAUCGCGUUUUGGCUUUUCGUUGUUUACAAACGUCGGUCCCAACACAGGCUGAUACCGGUUUAACCACACAGAUUACAAAUUCUUCGAAAUUAUCACUUUUGGGAUUCGCAAUUUUCAGCACCUACGAAUCUGCCAUAGAAGCUUUAUCUAUGAAUGGUCGCGUUUUGGGUGAAAAUGUUAUUGAAGUACAACCUUCAAGUUUCAAAGUUUUGGAGUUUGCAACAGAAGUAUUGGAACUGUUCCCUAUGGCAAAGAAUAUCGAAAUUAUAAGCCAUAACACUGGAAGUACCUUGAACAAUAUCAACGGCACCUUUUCGAAUUCUCACAACAAUAGCAACUUUGCUGUGAAUAACCAUGGUGGUAUUAAUAUGAAUAACGGUAACAAUAACAAUGGGAAUAACAACAGAAUCAGACCUGGCGACUGGAGUUGCCCAAGUUGUGGCUUUCUGAAUUUCCAGAGACGUAUGGCCUGCCUCCGAUGUGGAUUUCCUGCGGCCAGUGCAGUGGCGAUUCAAGAAUCUUUACAAACUACACUGAAUGUAUCAACUAAUCAACCUGGCAUGAUGAAUAAUGGCAGCGCCAACUCAAAAAACGGCAAUAUGUAUAGAGCAGUUAGCUAUAAUGGUAUAAUGAAUCCCUCUUUGAACAACUCUACAACGUCACUUGGCUCCGUGCAUUCAACAAACACCACUGGAAGUGGCAAUUACAAUUAUGGCGGAGGUAUUAACCACAAUAGCAUGAAUAAUCAUGGAAGCAGUAACAACGGUAACAACAAUAACGGCAAUAGUCAUAACAACAAUAAUCAUAAUGUUCAUGGAAUGAAAAGCAAUUCAAUACCAUUCAGGGCUGGUGAUUGGAAAUGUGAGAAUUGUUUUUACCAUAAUUUCGCCAAAAAUUUGUAUUGUUUGAGAUGUGGCAUCACCAGAGUCAACAACAAUAAUGUUACCAUGAACGCUAAGAUGAUCAGUGCUGCUAGCUCAAUGAUCUUACCGGGAAUGAAUUCAUUCAGUAGCAGUUUAUUGAGCGGAUUAAAUGGAGGUAAUACCAAUAAUAAUGGUAAUGGUAGCGCAAAUGGAAAUGCCAACAACAACAACAACAACAACAACAACAACAACAACAACAACAACAAGCAAGCAUUCCCGCCAUUGUCUAUGUCAUCAAGCUUACUGGCACAACCAACCUUGAAUAAUGAGAUAGGAGGAUUAUCUGGUAUCAGUAAUAGCAACAGUGGAAGCAAUGAAGACUAUUUGAGCUGGUCAAUGGGCCAAUUGAACAUGAGCGACGGUGGUUUUAGUGGCAACAACAGCAGCGGAAAUUUGGGUGCCACCGCAAUGAACUCUCUAAAUAAGGUCAUUAAUAACAUUAAUAGACAGUAA